AUGUUUUGUGAUACAGAUAAACAAAGAGAGUUCUCUUAUAAUCAAUACCCACAAAUUUAUAAAAACGAUGGCUGGUCUACAAGUAAACAAUAUUCAAGUGAAAAACUGUAUAAUCAAACAUUACAGUCAAUAGUCAAUCAAUCAAUAAAUCAAUCAACAAUCUACAAAACUUUAUUUAUACAAAUUCAACACUUCAAAUCAAACUUAUAUUUUGCACUAAUUCAACUACUCAACUCAUCUCACGAUUAUAUGCAAAACACUUAA